ACCUCUCUCACUUCACGACAUUUUAAAUAACGUCCUAGAAAUCUCUGGACGGUAUUUUACACUAAGACCACUUCUGAACCCUGCAAAAGAAUAGAUCACGACGACAUGGAGAAGGACGCUGAUGGAUUCUUCAACCCAGCGAAGGACGCUGCUCCUGCUGCUGAGACAGCAACUGAAUCCAAACCUGAGGCGGAGCGACCAAAGUCUCCUGAAAACGACCUCAUCAAGUCCUCGUUCGAAGUCACUGUAACGCUCGCUGACCAGCAAGCGGAUCCAAAUUCGCCACUGUAUAGUGCGAAGACUUUUGAGGAGCUCGGAUUGGCGGAGGAUCUAUUGAAGGGAAUCUACGAUAUGGGUUUCUCAAAACCAUCCAAGAUCCAAGAACGUGCCCUCCCCCUGCUACUCGCCAAUCCACCCACAAACAUGAUUGGACAAUCUCAAUCUGGAACCGGAAAGACCGCAGCAUUCGUCUUGACCAUGUUGAGCAGAAUCGACUACAACUUGCACAAACCCCAAGCAAUCUGCCUUGCUCCCUCCCGAGAACUCGCCCGCCAAAUCAUGUCAGUAGUGAUCACGAUGGGCAAAUAUACCUCAGUCCAAACCGAAUACGCGAUCAAGGACAACCUCCCCCGCGACGCUUCCAACAUCACCGCUCAAAUUAUCGUCGGAAAUCCUGGAACGAUGAUUGAUUUGAUGCGCAGAAAAGUGCUGGAUACGACUCAUGUGAAGGUGUUUGUGCUUGACGAGGCGGAUAACAUGCUUGAUCAGGAUGGGCUUGGUGAUCAGACGUUGCGGGUGAAGAACCUCCUACCCAAGAACCCUACUCAACCCAUUCAAAUCAUCCUCUUCUCCGCUACUUUCCCCGACCAUGUCCGCUCCUUCGCAAACAAGUUUGCACCCAAGGCGAACAAGAUCGAGUUGCAGAAGGAAGAGCUCAGCGUCGACAGUAUAAGGCAGUUCUACAUGGACUGCAAGAACGAGGAGCACAAAUACGAUAUCCUGGUUCAACUCUACUCGCUCUUGACCAUUGGUCAGAGUAUCAUUUUCUGCAAGCACCGACAUACAGCUGACCGCAUCUCGCAACGCAUGACUGCCGAAGGCCAUAAAGUCGCCUCGCUUCAUGGUGCUAAAAACGCUAAUGAGCGUGAUGCAAUUAUCGAUCGCUUCAGGGAGGGCAAGGAGAAGGUCCUCAUCACGACCAACGUUAUUGCUCGUGGUAUCGAUAUUCUCCAGGUCAACAUGGUCGUCAACUACGAUCUGCCGCUGAUGAAUGACCGAGGUCCUGCCUCUGGAAACGACAGCAGGCCCGACAUUGAGACUUACAUCCACCGUAUCGGUCGUACCGGUCGUUUUGGAAGGAAGGGUAUCAGCAUCAACUUCGUGCACGAUAAGCAGACAUGGUUGCAGAUGGAUGCCAUCGAAAAGGCUCUUGGAAGGAAGAUUGUGCGGAUUGAGACCAACGACUUGGACGAGAUGGAGGAGACGAUGAAGAAGGCUUUGAAGUAA